AUGAGGGCCUACGAGAUGCUUCGGAAGCUUCGGUUGGAUGAAGAGCAUCGCUUGUCCCAAGUGGCAGUUGAUGAGCCAGAGUGGGACCAUUUGGCCUAUUUGCGUCGUUCGCCAUCUCCCUGCCGCUUGCGCACGAACGGGACUAUGUGGCCCACCCGCAAGGGUGCAUGGCGAAGUCGUGCUGGUGGAGUAUAUCUCCCCCCCGAGAUGGCUGAGACGGAGAGAAGGGGCUCUGCUAGCCUGAGCCCAGCACGCUGGAUGUAUCCCGAGGAGUUCAAUCGACCUUUUCGAGAAGCGAGACGAUCGCCGUCGUACACGCGCUACGAUCGGGAGGAGAUCUCUUGCAGUUCAUCUUCAAGCUCAUCCAGCACAGUGCCAAAGCGCCGCCGAAAAAAGCGAAGGCUGCGCUCCAGCUCGCAUGAGACGCGCCCUUCACCUCACUAUGUCUUGGAGGCCUCAUGGGUAUGUAAGCAAUCUUUUCAUGAAUAUACUUCUCAAGUUCGAGGAUUGAUACAUUCUGAUCUCUCCUACGAUGAUGCCCUCAUCAGCGAGGCCUCAGCUGGCAUCAUUUUGGUGCCGUGGGCUUGCUUCCGCUUUGUGCGUUUUGACGGUUUGUCUGACCAAAUCAGUUCAGGUGCCCAAACCGGAGUCGCAUGCGAUCUGAGGUGUGGUUCACCCUGUACAGUUCGUCGCCUGCAAAACAUCAGCCCAUCAAAGGCCAGGGCACCAGGACGUGGAGGUGCCGUGCCUCGUCGUGCCCUGCCUUGCUAUGAUUGCCGGGCUUGGCCUGACCGAUGUUGA